CUUCAGGGUCAUAGCUUGUGUACCUACCCGAUCUUUGGUUACCUGUUCAUGUUCAUUUUCGACGUCGUUCAUUUACUGGCAGAAGAUAGCAGCUGAUAUCUUGUCUAAGUGCUACACAUGGUCCGCCGCGACGUCGGGCCUUGGACCGCGGCGCUUCUGGCAUCAAGUGCAUCUUGAUAACGCAGCUCGAAGACAGGAGGUAAGUAGCCUGGUUUGGCUUUCGCACCCCCCACAGGAAAGCAUCACAGAGCAGUACCAGAUUGCUGUUGGACAGACAGUGUUAACCAAUCCCAAGUAUCCCAAAUGUCCGACACCGGAGGAGUCUACGUCAGGGAGGCUAGGGCGUCGGAUUCUGCAGCGCUCUCUCGCAUAUGCCUGCUCACCGGUGAUGCGGGCCAGUCCGCGGAGCAUCUGCACGAGUUCGGAGAGCUCAUCGGUCUAAUGUACGCCGAGCCCUACGUACACCUCCCCGCUGGCUUCGGCUUUGUCAUGGUGGACCCCUCAAAGUCCGACGCAGUCGUCGGCUACAUCCUCGGUACGGCCGACACUCGUCUUUUCGAGCAGCAAGCCUCCGAGUCGUGGUUCCCUGAGGUCCAGAGACGCUACCCCUACCCUCCGCGACACCCGCAGGACCCAGAUCGCCCGCUCAGACCAGCCGACGAGCGCUACAUCCGCACCAUCCACAACCCGCCCCGCGCGUCGGACAUGCAGAUCGCGUUCUCCCCCGCGCACCUGCAUAUCGAUAUCCUCCCCGAGUAUCAGCGACAGGGCUGGGGAGGCCGGCUGAUGGCACGCGCGGUCGAAUACCUGAAAGAGAGGGGAUUGGAUCGCGUGUGGCUCGGCUUGGACCCGCGUAACGAAAACGCGAAGAAGUUCUACUUGAAGCUCGGCUUUGAGAAUCUGGAAGGGGCACCGGACGGCGUUAUGGGGCUGGAGUUCUGACGGGCAAGGCUAGAUGUGUUCGUAGUAGGUAUCUAAUAGCUAUCCUCCGAAUCGGACUGUGUCUUUGCAGCGCCUUUGCAGCGUG